AUGAGUGUGCCCAUGCUGAAAAUCGGUGCUGUGCUGAGCACCAUGGCCAUGGUCACCAACUGGAUGUCCCAGACACUACCAUCGCUGGUGGGACUCAACGGGACGGCCGUCGGCGUCUCCCCUGAUGGAACACAUGAACGUAUCGUCAGCGGUUUGUAUCCUGGCUCCGAGGAGGCUUGGCAGGUAUACAGCACCGCGUCGGACCCGGACGGGCUGUGUGUGUGUGCAGUGGUCGCUCCCGCCCGGAACCUUUGCAAAAGAGACCCCCGUAGUCACCAGCUUAGUCUACUGACUCUACAGGUACAGAACGUGAGUCAGACCAUGGAUGGGGUACACCUUCGGACCUCCAGGGACCUGCGACACUUCCGCGAGUCAGAACCACUCCUGCGAGGUGUGGAUGGACGUCUGCACUCCUAUGCCAGCAGUCCCCGCGCUCUGACAUCCAAGAGUCUACAGGAGCUAAGGGGUCAGGUGACUCAGCUCCAGCCCCUUUUGUCCACGGCCGAUCAGUACCGGUCCGACGUUCAGACGCUGGUCUCUCUGCGAGGCGAACUGCAGAACCUGUCUGUGGUCCUGACAGCCAUCCAGGAGGAAAUCGGCGCAUACGACUACGAGGAGCUUCAGAGGAGAGUUGUGCUGCUGGAGACCAGACUGCACAGCUGCAUGAACAAACUAGGUUGCGGUCGGCUGACAGCUGUCAAUGGUCCCAUCACCAUCAGGGCGUCCGGGUCCCGCUUUGGUUCCUGGAUGACUGACGCCAUGAUUCCCAGCUCUGACAGCAGGGUGUGGUCUAUGGACGGCUUCUACAGGGGCCGGCGUGUGCUUGAGUACCGGACCAUGGCCGACUUUACCAAGGGUCAGAAUUUCGUGCAGCACCUGCUGCCGCACGCCUGGGCCGGCACGGGCCACGUAGUUUACAACGGUUCACUCUACUACAACAAGCAUCAGAGUAACAUCCUGGUACAGUACCACUUCCGUUCUCGUAGCGUGCUGUUGCAGCGUAGCCUUAGUGGUGCGGGCUACAACAAUACAUUCCCAUAUAGCUGGGGAGGAUCCUCCGACAUCGACCUCAUGGCUGACGAGACAGGCUUGUGGGCCGUCUACACAUCCAUACCCAAUGCCGGAAACAUCGUGGUAAGCCGCCUAUGUCCGCGCUCCCUAGAUGUGCUUCGUACCUGGUCCACGGGCUUCCCUAAACGUAGCGCGGGCGAGGCCUUCAUGAUCUGCGGCGUCCUCUAUGUCACCAACUCACACCUAGCCGGAGCCAAGGUCCACUUUGCCUACAACACCAACACGUCCACUUACGAGUACACGGACGUGCCCUUCCACAAUCUCUACUCGCACAUCAGCAUGAUGGACUACAAUCCUCGAGAGAGGGCACUCUACACCUGGAACAAUGGACACCAGGUGCUCUACAACGUCACGCUCUUUCACGUCAUACGCACUGACGGGUAG